AUGAAUUUCCGUCUAAUAUCCCUCCUCCUGACGUGGAAUUUCAUUUUAAUAUCUGCCAAGAGGGAUUCCAGUGAGGACGAUAGCUCGAGAGCCAGGGAAUUGAGAAAUAAAGAGAACAAUAGGAACCGGACCACGUUUAAUGGGACGUUAACGGAUCUGCCUGAACGGCGAAAUUUGAGGCACAGGAACAGUUCCAGGUUCCGCGGAGACAGACGCAGAUUUUGGGAACGCGAGCAUGAAGUGCGUCGCGACAGGCGAAGAGGUUCCGAAUCAUCAGAGGACCCUUCGAAUAGUACUGAUCCGUUCUAUAGAAACGAUAAGCGAAAGGACAAUAGACAUAAAGGUACAACGGAGAAAUACGAAAAAAGAAAGCCGAUACACAAGGCCCCAGAAAGAACGUCGACACCAAUAAGAGAAAACACGACGCGUUUUAAGGGGAAAGUGGCAAAUAAAUGGCAAAACGCUGGCUUUAUACCAUACCCGCAGCCGCGAGAGAAGAAGCCUAAUAUCAUAUUAAUUCUGACUGAUGAUCAAGAUGUUGAACUCGGCAGUUUAAAUUUCAUGCCGCGUACGAUGAAGGCGGUGAGGAGCGCCGGCGCGGAGUUUCGCCACGCCUACACAACUACGCCGAUGUGCUGUCCUUCAAGGAGCUCAUUACUAACAGGAAUCUACGUGCACAAUCAUAACGUGUUUACGAACAACGACAACUGCUCUUCACCCAUGUGGCAAGCCAAGCAUGAAACUAAAACAUUUGCCACUUACCUCUCCAACGCUGGAUAUCGAACUGGCUACUUCGGCAAAUACCUGAACAAAUAUAAUGGCUCAUACAUUCCGCCCGGCUGGCGCGAGUGGGGCGGCCUCAUCAUGAACUCCAAAUAUUACAACUACAGCAUCAAUAUGAAUGGCAAGAAGAUCAAACAUGGCGAUGAUUAUUUCAAGGAUUACUACCCAGAUCUAAUUGCGAACGAUUCGAUAGCGUUCCUUCGAGCUUCAAAGCGAAGAUUCUCCAGAAAACCUGUACUGCUGGUUAUGUCUUUCCCUGCACCACACGGCCCUGAAGACUCCGCGCCACAGUAUUCGCAUCUAUUUUUCAAUGUGACAACACAUCACACGCCCACAUACGACAUGGCGCCGAAUCCUGACAAGCAAUGGAUACUGCGAGUCACGGAAAAGAUGAAACCCAUACAUCGUCAGUUCACCGACCUUUUAAUGACGAAGCGCUUACAAACAUUGCAAAGUGUAGAUUUGGCUGUAGAACGUGUAUACCAGGAACUGAAAGCGUUGGGUGAAUUGGAUAAUACAUAUCUCGUUUAUACUUCGGACCAUGGUUAUCAUUUGGGACAAUUUGGACUCGUGAAGGGAAAGAGUUUUCCUUUUGAAUUUGACAUCCGCGUCCCGUUCCUUGUUCGGGGACCAGGAGUCGAACCCGGCACUGUCGUGGAUGACAUCGUGCUGAAUAUAGAUUUGGCCCCGACGUUCCUUGAUAUGGGAGGCGUAGACCCACCAGCGCAUAUGGACGGGCGCUCGCUGUUGCCCCUUUUACAGCCUCGACGAAGAAGAGCUGCUGCAGCGCACUGGCCUGAUACCUUUUUAGUGGAAAGUUCUGGACGUCGUGAAACUCAAGCGCACAUAAUCGAAGAACGACUUCGUGCUCAGAAAUACAGUAAAGAAAUGAACGAAAGAGCGACGAGUCCGCGUCCUUACGAGACGUCAUCGGAGAGCGGAGAUUUCGAUUACGAUUCUGAAGAUGACUUCUUGGAACUCGAAGAAGACGACAAUGAAGAUGACGCGAGUGACAUUAAUAAAUCGUCCGAACCAUUGAUGUCAAAUGAAAGCCAUAACCCAAUUUUGGAAGCGAGCUUGGAGAAGGUUCUGGAAGCCGACGAUCCCGCGUCCAAUGAACAAAAUUCCUAUGCAGAAUCCCUUGAAUCUAGCAUAAUAAAUGGGAAAGCGGCGCGAUUAGCAGCAGAAUGUUCUAAAGCUGAAUUAAGAGCUCCAUGUUCCGACAAGCGCAAGUGGAAAUGCGUGCUGGUACAUGGCCGUUGGAGGAAACAUAAAUGUAAAUAUGAGCCAGACGUUAUUGAACCUCAACCAAAAAUGAGCACUAAAAAAUGCGCCUGUUUCACCCCCAGUGGUUUAGUAUACACCAGAUUAGAAACCGACGGUAAUAUAGCAAGACGACCCGUCGAUAUAAACAGCGUAAACAUAACCAGAUUCAGACGCUCGACAGACAAUGACGUAUUUGAACCAAAUACGGUAGAAAGUAUUCUAGAAGAGAACCCCAGUAUUGGACACUUAAGUUUUGAUAAUGAACCAUUAAAUGAAAUGGAUAAAAAAACAGUCGAAGACAAAGUAGAUGAACUCAUCAAAGAGACUGAAGCCUUUUUAGAAGUUUAUGAACGUACCAAAGAAAAUAUAGGUCAUAGGAGAAUUAAGAGGAAAGCUCAACAUUUAAAUCAUAAUAAAUUAAAACAAAAGAAUGAAGCUAUGGUUAAUGAUAAUGAUUCAUCCCUAGAAUGCAAAGUUGAGAAAGACGGUAAAGUCAAUUGUUCUCAAGUUAUUUAUAAUGAUUUGAAAGCGUGGCACACAAACAGAUUGAGUUUAGAAGAUCAAAUAAGACAACUUAAAACUAAACUAGAAGAUUUAAAAGAAAUCAAGAGACACUUGAAAAAUAGUAAGCCUGCUCAAGUUGAAGUCCAGACAAUAAAUCCAUCAUUCAUAAUAAAUCGUGAACAAAACAAAACUGCUUCUCCAGAUAAUAAAGAUGCAGUCCGAAAAGUUCGCCUACAUAGGCUUAAAACUAAACAUAGAAAUCCAAACUAUUACGAAAAAAAGCUAAAACAAACAAACGAAUAUAGUGUACCCACUGUGAACACAAAUAUAAAAGAUGACCUAUUUGAAAUACAGUUAAAAAAUAAUACGACAACCGACACAUCUAAUAUUUAUGAAUUACGCCCGGCAAACGAAAGUGAUUUUAUAAAUUUGAAUCAAUCACUCGAAGCUUUGCCGAAACCCCAAGUUACUACUAUUAUAAUAAAUAAUGAAAAAUAUCUAGACGUUAAUGAGCCUUCAAGCACCUUACAAAGCUUUACUAACCUUGUUGAAGACUUAACGACUGAAUAUACCAAAAUAGUUGAAAUGGCUAGUACAAAAGAAGAUAUUGUGAAGGAUCCGACAACUACUGAUAGAACUCCAAUUACAAAUAGUAUAUACACAACAGUGAAACACUUAAAUUUCGAGGCUAAUAGAAUGAUAAAUAAACAUCCAAAUGUUAAAAACAAAGGAACGACUACACAAAUACCUCACUUCGUUUCAAAAAUAAAGCCAGUAGUGUCGACUGUAAGCAGUUUAGGACCGACACGGUUCGAUGCGUCCGAGUACGAGAAACAAAAUCCAAAUAAGGGUGCACCAACUAACAUGGAUAUAUUUACUCAACCUACUGACAUAUUUCAGAGAAGACUUCACCCACUAUUUAUUGAGAAUGAAGAUAAGCACGUUUGCUACUGUGAGGAAAGUCGCAAACUCAAAGGUCCAGGGCAGGCAUAUUUGGAAGCAGCUCAAAAAGCCAAAGAAGAAAGACGGAGACUCAAAGAACAGAGACUGCGUAAGAAGCUAAGGAAAGCCAAAAAGAAGGCGGAACUAGAGAGGUUAUGCGAGUCAGAACGAAUGAAUUGUUUCCGGCAUGAUAAUGAGCAUUGGAGAACAGCGCCGUUGUGGACGGCUGGACCAUUUUGUUUUUGCAUGAGCGCAUCGAAUAAUACGUACAACUGUGUCCGCACUAUUAAUGCGACGCAUAACUUAUUGUACUGUGAAUUCGUAACCGGCCUUGUAACAUAUUACAACUUACGUAUCGAUCCCUUCGAGACACAGAACAGAGUGAAGUAUUUAACAUCAGCUGAAAAAGAUUACUUUCAUAAGCAAUUACAACAGUUACUGAGCUGUCGGGGUCCGUCUUGUAGGCGAUUUUCACAUUCUUCCGGAAACAGCAAUGAAGAGUUUACUAGACGAUACGUUGAUGACCAUAUCACAUACAGAGGAGACAGUCCAGGAUAUAACGAAAGAGCAUGGAGAUGGAGUGGCUACGGCAGACGCUUUGCCAGAGCUCGGGAGUUGCACCGUCGCCGCCACCUGAUGGCGUAUUAG